AUGAACAGUUCUAGUGUGAACACUCCCGAAGUGGCACUACAUGUGAAUACUCCCAUAGUGAACAAUCUGCCUGUGAAUUUGUCCCAUGUGAACAGUUCCAGUGUGAACACUCCCGAAGUGGCACUACAACGUGAAAGUGUGAACCCAGAACUCAGUGUGACUCCUAUGGAAGAACUUGAUUUGCUUAUUAAGUGGCUAGGUCCAGUUUCUAUUCAACACGCCACAAGCAUACGUGUAGCAAAUGCCAUGAACAGUUCCACUGCACUGCAGCGUAUAUGGAAACGACUGGAUGACAGAUAUGGAGCACCCGAAUCAAUUUAUGACGCUAUAAAGAAUAAACUGAACAACGAUCAGAGUAACAGAACUCUCGCAAAUUCAACGUUUUUCGAUAAACUUGCCUGUCAAUCAGAAGUCGUAGAGUAUAAUCUAAAAUCCUGUGGUGGUGCUAGAACCAGCCAUGGCCGUGUGGCAAGAGACUGUGUUAUUGAAUCAUGGGACGGUGCGUACAAGUUUAAUUUGCCUAGUGUGCUCGAAUGUGAUGAUGUCCCUAAUGUCCGCGAAGAAAUACCUACGCCAGAGGCUGCAAGAUACCAUCCACAUCUGCGAGACAUUGCUAACCUGAUACCUCCCAUUGAUCAUAGAGCAGAGAUCAUGCUGCUCAUUGGCAGAGAUUUAAUUGACGCCCAUCACGUCUUGGAGCAGCGAAUUGGCCCCGUUCACACUCCAUAUGCUCAAAGAUUGAAACGUGGAUGGGUUGUCGUUGGGGAAUGUUGUCUAGGCCAAAUCCACAAGUCAACAAGUGUAAACGUGAACAAGACAUUUGUGGCAAAUGGGCACACAACAAUACUCACCCCUUGCAAAAACCGCUUCGAUGUUAAAGAGCAAUCAAUCUGCGAGAUUUGUGAUGACCCCAUUUUUGUUCGCACAUCUGCUGACGAGAAGCCUGCAAUGUCACAGAAUGACAAGUACUUCAUGAAAAUGAUGGAUGAACAGUUCAAGAAAUCCCAUGGUGGUAAAUGGAUCGCUCCUUUACCAUUUCUGCCCGAUCGGCCAAGAUUACCCAACAACCGUGACCAAGCCUUGAAACGUAUGAAACUUCUACAGAAGUCCAUGGCUCAUGAUGAACAAAGACAAAAUCUAUUCAUUGAUUUCAUGGGGAAGGUGUUGCAAAAUGGUCACGCAGAAAGAGCCCCUAAAUUAGACCCACACCAAGAAUGUUGGUACUUGCCUAUAUUUGGAGUUUCGAGUGCCAAAAACCCCAACAAGAUCCGAUGUGUGUUUGACUCGUCCGCAAGAUACAACAACAUCUCAUUGAAUCAAGUUUUGAACACUGGUCCUGAUCUUACCAAUAUGUUGUUAGGUAUACUCCUCAGUUUUAGGAAAGAACGAAUAGCAGUUACAGCUGACAUAGAACAGAUGUUCUACAACUUCUGUGUGUCAGAAGAGCAUAGAGACUACCUCCGUUUCCUGUGGUUUGAAGAUAAUGACCCACAGAAGCCACUGGUAGACUACAAGAUGACUGUGCAUGUGUUUGGGAAUAGCACAUCCCCAGCUGUUGCCACAUACGGGAUCAGAAAGAUUGUUGAAAACAGUGAAGAAGAUGUGAAAGCAUUUGUGAACAACGACUUUUAUGUUGAUGAUGGGCUGACGUCUUUACCAACAGUGCCGCAAGCUGUCAGUCUGUUGUCCCGUACCUCAAAAGCUUUCGAGAUGGAAGGUAUCAAGAUGCACAAAAUUGCCUCGAACAGUGACAAAGUGAUGAUGGAGUUUCCACCAAAUGCAUUGGCGGAUGGAGUCAGAGACCUGACGUUAGAGCAACUUCCUGUCCAGAGGAGUUUAGGCCUACUUUGGGACCUUAAUACGGACACAUUCACCUAUGAAAGUACCAAUGAUGCCUAG